GCCAUGUUUGGCUGCUUUGUUGUAGGUUUCUUGUAGGUUUCCUGCAGAUUUUUUUUAAGUGUUGCAAUGGAACCGAGCUGGAGUACGUUUCUAUUUCAGCAGGCCAAUGAAGCGCUCCAUCACCAGCACCAGGUGGCCCAGAACAGCCUGCUGCCGCUGCUCAACUCUGGGAACGAGCCGGUGGACCAGAAGCCGGUGAUGCCCAUCCCGCUGGACCAGAAACCCCCCGCCAGCGCCGCUGAGCUUCUCAAAGACAACGUGGCCAGCGGGACCGGAAGCAGGGGGCCCAUCCCUGUGGUGAAGAAGGAACACAAGAGCAAGACACCCUUCAUCUGUGGCUACUGCAACAAGGCCUUCCGCGACAGCUACCACCUCCGGCGCCAUGAGUCCUGCCACACGGGCGUCAAGAUGGUGUCGCGGCCCAAAAAGACGGCCCAAACGGCGCCCACCAUGGUGCCCCUCAUCUCCACCCUGCCCCGGGAGAACAGCGGGCAGCCCUCCUACAUCUCCACCAUCGCAGGCAUCCUCACCACGGCCACCACCUCGGUGUCCUCGGCCUCCAGCAUCAUCUCGCCAGCCUCCAUGAUCAACGCGCCCCAGCAGAGCCAGCCCAAGAAGCCCGCCAAGCCCGUGAAGAAGAACCAUGGCUGCGAGAUGUGCGGCAAGGCCUUCCGAGAUGUCUACCACCUGAACCGUCACAAGCUGUCCCACUCGGACGAGAAGCCCUUCGAGUGCCCCAUCUGCCAGCAGCGCUUCAAGAGGAAGGACCGCAUGACCUACCACGUGCGCUCUCAUGAUGGCGGCGUCCACAAGCCCUACGUCUGUUCGGUGUGUGGGAAAGGCUUUUCCAGGCCGGACCACCUGAGCUGCCACGUGAAGCACGUCCACUCCUCGGAAAGGCCGUUCAAAUGCCAAGUGACGGCCUGUACCUCUGCCUUUGCCACCAAAGACAGACUGCGCUCCCACAUGAUCCGGCAUGAAGGGAAAGUCACCUGCAACAUCUGCGGCAAGAUGUUGAGCGCAGCCUAUAUCACCAGCCAUCUAAAGACCCACGGCCAGGCCAACUUUAACUCCUGUAACAAAGGGGACUGGCAGUGGAACUCGUCAGGGGCAAGAAAAGACAGUAAUGACAUCCACAACUCUGCCUCAGCCACACCGGUGACACCCUCCGCUCCCAUCACCACCACGAUGAACCGGGGCAACUCCAACAACCCUGUCACCAUAGCAGCUCAAAUGAACAUUUCCACAAACACCGUGAAUGUCAGCCUCCAGCACCCAGUCACCAUCACUGGGCCCGUCAAUAUCGCCCCUGUUAACAUCCCCACCACGGCACACAUGAAUAUUGCCCAUCCUGUGGCCAUCAGCAGCCCCAUGUCCAUGACAAUGGCCGGGCCCCUCAACAUUGCCAUGAGGUCCAUGGAGAGUAUGCCUUUUCUGUCCCAAGUCCUGCCUUCAUCACCACCCUGGUAAAAAAAACAAACACAAUGGAGAGAAAAAGAAAGGGAAAAAUGUCAAGAGACAAUGACCCCCCUCCCCCCCAGCAGCCCGCCCCAACCUGACCGCUGACCGCUUGUCCCUCCAAAGACCUGGAGAUGAACAUUUAGCCUACCAGUGCCGUGCAGUGGGGGAAACCUCCCUGUUACAUGGCUCUACCCCAACCAAUGUGACCUGACAGAAGAGAGAAGCAGAACAGUUGUGUAGAACUUAGGUAGGGCUUGUCUCUCAUCUGAAGUACUUCAGACCUAGACGUAGUGAAUCGACGAAGUGUUAAACAGGGAUGUCAGCAUUAGUCGGGGUAGGAUAGACGAGAAGGGAGGACUCCUCUCAAGCCUCGCUGAACACUUAUACCUUUGCAAUUGGAAGAAGAGAAUUUGAAAAGGGACUAAUGCAAUAAGUAUGAAUUGCCGAUUUUCUAUGUUCUCUUGCAAAGUCAAUGGGUGUUUCUUAUAGUUGUUUUUAUCUAUAGCCUGCUAAUCAGUAUUUAAUAUUUUUAGGAAAUGAGUUCAACAAAGGGACAAAGACUUCCAUUUGGACGGAAGGUUGCUCUUUCACAGAUGUAUAACUGUGUUUUAAAUAGGAUUUAUGCUCUUGAGGUACAGUGACUAACUUGUGCAGUUGUCAUGUUAAUGUAUUCUCACCAUCAACAAUGUAAUCUUUACUUUUUUGCUGAAGUUGAUAUCUGGACAUUUUCCUUUUUGACUGUUAAAUGUGUACAACUAGGCUAGUUUUUUCUCUUUGUUUGGGAUGGCAGAUGUGUUUCUUUUAUUUGAUCAUCAGUCAAUGUUAGUUUUUGCCAAGAACUAAGAGGAAUGAGUCUUGCACUGAAAGCAUAUCCCAUUUUUAACAAACUGCAGUAUUAUCAAAGAUCCAAUUGGUGUUAGGUAACCAGCCUACAUAAUAACAGGGCCACCUAGAGGCUAACAUUUGCCAUUGAGGAAAUAGUCCUGAAGUUCAUAUUUUAAUUUCUUAAAUUAUUAUUAUCUUGUUGGUGACAGAGUAGUUUUAGAAAUAUUUUAUACCCUCCUUUUUAUAAUCAUUUUGUUUUUGAGGACCUAGUAUGGACCUUCUGCUCAGGUAACUCGCUGAGAGUAGCCCAGUAAACUGUACUUUAUUUUACUUUUUAAUUGAAUUCUAACACAUCACUUGAUCUUCAACUUUCCCAUGUUAAUCUGUAAAUAUUUAACUCGCCAUAUCAUUUCUUUAGCUCAAAUAAUGUAGUAGUCCUUCAAAGACUAGAGAUCCAAGACAUGUUAACAGUGUGAAAAUAGCCGUCCAUGUCGUUGUAGUCUUUAAUGAUGCACAUGCCUAAACAUCACUGUCAACCUUUGUCAUGGUUCGUUACGGCUUAGAUGAGGUGACUGAUGUGUUCAGAACAAAACACUAAUGGUUUUUGAGAGGUGGAUGAAAAUAAUGAACUACUUAAUGUUCUAGUGACAGCUCAGUCGACGGGUGCACACGAUUUAGUUGGGCCAGCGUGGCCUGGGCAGCACAUCUCACAUGUUUUGGGCGGUUGAGAACCAUACGUUACAUUACAUUACUAGAUGAGAGGCACAUUCCUCUGCUCAGAUGUUGCAGCUGCCUGAGCGAUCUCACCACACACCGAUACUUCACUAAACAGGUAACCACAUCUCAUAGAAAUCUGCUGGUGAUGAUGUAGCAUGCAGCCAUUGGUAGAUACAUGCAAAGUCUGAACAAGGGAACACAUCCAAGACAUUCUUUCUUUGCAAGGUUUUUGUACUGUGUGAGGUGAAGUGUACUCUGUCCUGAAAGAACACAAAGAUGCAUGGCAGUUUGUUCAAAUUAAGUCCAGUGAUACAAAGUGUUAUGCAGUAAGUAGAUGCACUAUAAUUGCCUAUUAUGUUUGCCAAAUUUGAUACAAUUGAGAUGAGAUGCAACCUAGUGAAUAUUUUGAAUUGAACCUUUCAUUUUUGUCAAGAAAGAUCAAUGAUUUCGAAAUUCAUGGACCCCUGUGAAGGCAGUUGAAUGUAUAUCUUUGUACAAAAACAAUUUUAGUUCUGAGGAUGUGGUAGUUACAAUAGAGAUGUGAAGAUUACCUUUUAUAAAUCUUUUGUAUUUGAGAAUUAACAAUGGUAAUUUUGUAUAUAUGAAGACCAGGCUUUCUGAUUAGCAGGAAGGUAAAACAUUCCUAAAAGUUUUAAAUAUAUGUUUGUCAAAUUAUGUAAACUUGCGCAAUGUUUUAUGUGCCUUUUAUUUGGGUUGUCUAAAUAAAAGAGAACUAAAACAUGA